AUUCAGGAAUUAGGAACGACAAAAUAUGAAGUUUAAUCCCGACCCGUACCUAAAAUAUGAGGCCCAAUCUGCUCUAGCGGGCUUUUGGGGGUGGACCGGGUGUCCAGACCCGCGUCUAGAAAGGAACCACAAAAGCUGACCUUCCUCGUAGCCCUCCCUCCCCCGUCGUCUCUCUCUCUCUCUCUGAAUCUCUUUCUCUUCAAGGAAUCAAGGCUCGAGCUCGUGUCUUCUCUCUUUCAAUGGCGACUGCGGUGGUUACUGCUCUACUGGCGAACGUCUCUGUGUUAAAUGUGAUCUUAGUAAUAGGUAACUCAAGGCGUGCUGUUCAAGCUGCCCAAGCCCAAUCUUAUCGUGCUGCUGAAGGGGAAUUUGCAAAAUUGAAGAAGGAGAAUGACCAGAGUGUUGCUGGUGCAGAACAAAAGAAGAAGAAGAAUGCCCAGACUCCAUAAAGAAAAAAGAAGGAAAAAAAAACAAGUUGCUAUUUGCUUGUUUGGACCUUAUUAGAGACAAGAGAAUGGAUUAUGUUCAGAUAUAAGGACUGCCGGAGUACAAGUUAUCCUUUCUGUCUAAGUUUAUUCCUCUUUUAUAUUUCUUAGCUGAAUGCCAUCCACUUACGGACAAGUAUGCCUGUCCGUCCAUUAUUCUCUCUCUCUCUCUCUGUCCAAGGAAUAACUGUCCGUCCACCUUUGAGAGGGCAGCUUACCCUAAUUCUUUUAUAGGGUUCCUUUCCUCUUCGUGGCCCACUCUUAAUGGGCUGGGAUUCAACCCAUCUGUAGACCCCAAUCCUACCCUUUUCCCUAUCUUGCCUCCUGGACCGUUCCUCUUUGUCGGCCCAGUACAUUUUCUCUAGGUCGGGUCUUCCUAAAAAUGUACGAAACCUAAAUUAGGGCAAGGUCCAAUUUCUGAUAUUCUCUCGAUGGGCUUGGUUUGACCUGUGCAAAAGGGUUGGCCCGUCUGGCCCGCCCAGCCCACCGAUUAAAAAGGGCAGAUAUGGACAACCUUUAAUGCCCACAUGGGCGGGCCGACCCGAGCUCGAAUUGUAUUUGGGUGGAUCUGAAAGUUACUUUUAACCCAUCCGAGCCAAUAGGCCCGCCCAUAUUCAUCAAAAAUAUUCACUUUAUUAUUAAUUAUCUAGCCAAUAUAAUUUUAAAAAAUUG